ACUACCGCGCCCGUUUCUUAAAAGCAUUACUGCUGCUUUCGACUCGGUCGAAAGUCGUGCUAAGGGAAGAAGUCAUCGGGAGGGCGGCGAUGGAAGCGGGAGGUGUGUUGCCCUUUUAAAUGAUUGUGCGGAGGGUGGGGAUUCUGAGCCGGAGGGCGUAUAUCAGGUUCCAGGACGUGGAGUUCUUACCUGGGCAGGUUUGGACAUCAGAGGAACCCGGCUCUUGAACUUUCCAGCCGCAGUGGCAAACUGACACAGUGUGGGGAGGGGAGUUGCGCCUGUUUUUAGUGUUUCCCCCCCCCCCCCCCCCCCACCUCUCUUUGGAGCCAGUGUCUGCAGCAGGAGGGAGACUUUCAUUUCGCUCUCGCAAAGGGAAAGUCGCGGGGGUUGGGGGCGUGGGGGGAGGUGGGGAAAGAGCGAUGCCGAAUUCCUGGCGAGGCUCCGCUCGCCUCUCCUGGUCCGGGAUGCUGAGUGUGACCGCCGGGCAGGUGCUGUGCCUGUACUGCUCGCUGGUCAGCUCCUUCUGGACCGCGUACAUCAACGUCAGCUUCACCGACCCCGGCACCAACCGGACCCUCUGGCAGAGGACCGAGAGCGGGGUCUACGGCCGGGACUCGCCGCUGGAUAGCGUCCAAGGGCUGGUGGGCGUACCCCCCUCGCCCCGACCGUACGGCUGCAACGCCGACAUCCCUUACUUCAGACCCGACCCCCAGCAGCCUUGGGUGGCCCUGAUCGAGAGGGGCAACGGCUGCACCUUCUCCGAGAAGAUCCUCCACGCCGCCGAGCAAGGGGCGAACGCGGCGGUCAUCUUCAACUACCCUACUCCGGCCAACGAGGUGGUCCAGAUGUCCCACCCAGGGACUGGUGAUACGGUUGCUGUAAUGAUUGGCAACAUCAAAGGCAGUGAAAUUUUGGCACUGGUGAGGGAUGGUAUUUCGGUUUCCAUGGUGAUUGAAGUUGGGAAGCAGCACGGACCAUGGAUGAACCAGUACUCCAUUUUCUUUGUCUCGGUUUCCUUUUUUGUUGUCACUGCUGCCUCAGUGGGAUACUUCAUCUUCUACUCUGCAAGAAGAUUACGGAUUGCGAGGGCUCAGACUAGAAAACAGAAACAACUAAAACAUGAAGCCAAGAAGGCUAUUAACCAACUGGACCUACGCGUCUUGAAGCACGGUGACCAGGAGACUGGUCCAGAUGCUGACAGCUGUGCAGUGUGCAUUGAAGCUUACAAGCCUAAUGAUGUUGUUCGCAUCUUGACUUGCAACCACAUAUUCCACAAGAAUUGUAUUGAUCCAUGGCUUCUGGAGCACAGAACCUGUCCCAUGUGUAAAUGUGACAUCCUGAAAGCACUUGGAAUAGAAGUUGACAUAGAAAAGGUUGAUGAGACACCGGAAACUGAGCAACCGCCCAGCAAUCCUCCCAGAGCGGGACAGGACAGACACACAGAGGUUCCUGAGAGUGCCAUUUAUACUCUGCCGACUACUUUUGGGCCUGAGCAACGAGUGGAUGAAUCUCCUGUAACUGAGGAUAAUCAUUAUUUCAGCGAAGAGCAGCGUCUUUUCAAUAAUGACGCUCGAGUGAAUUCUCUGUCAGUAUAUGUGCUGCCACAGGACAACCCAGGCUAUGAAGAGAUCGAUCUUCAGGAUGAAGUAAAGUCAUGAAUCGUUCCAAAGAAGUAAAACCCUGAAAAUAAAGCCAACCAUCAACUGAUAUGCAGGGAGCACCUCUUAAAUGAACUCUUUUUUUUUUGGUUUAAACAAAGACUUUGGAGUGGCCCACAUUCUACUUUUUCUGCAUUUUUUAAUGCCAAUGUUAUAAAGAGACAGAUGAUUCUUAGAUAGCAUAAAUAUAACAGGCAGCUCAUGAUUAGUCCUCAUGCUGAAGCGCUCAGCACUUCAUGCAGUGACUGCAGUUGAUUUAAGUGAUAUCUGGUGACCACAAGGCUGCAGUGAAGACGAAAACUGUUGAACGUUAUUUUUAACCCUCAAGGCUAAGACAUUGACGGUUUGCAGAUUGCUUAAACCUCUGGUUUUCAAACGUUUUUUUCUGUAUGGAAGUGGGGCGAGGAGGUGGUGUGAGGUUGGGGAAGAGAAAAUAGGCCCCCCCUCACCCCUACAAAUUUGGAUGCAUUCCUGUUCUGAUUCCUAGAAAAAUGUAUAGAGUCAACUACCUGACGGAAAAUGAACAUCACAAAGAAUAAUGUAUUUUUUAUUUUGUAUCAGUAUACAGCAAUAAAAAUAUUAUGCCAGUAAAUCAUCAAAAACAGAAGGGCACGGCAAUGUCCUGCAGACCCUAUGGGAUUACUUUACAAUAAUCUCACAGGGUCUGAAAGCCCCAGUUUGAAAACCUAUGGCUUAAACCAAUGUGAAAAGUGGAAUCCAUUUGUUAUGGGCCUUUAAUCCAUUGCUAGCACUCUGCUGACUGUUGCACUAAAUUGCACUACACUUUGAUGAAAACGUAAACAAAAGGUUAAUUGUCACCCUAUUAAUAUAAUUCUAUAAUAAUGCAAACAAAACCUGCACUGUCUAUUCGUGGUGUCACUCCUGGUUAAUUGCAUCCCUGAUAUGAAAAGGAUCUUUGAUUUAUCAUUCUCAUUAUGUAAAAAGCAGUAUAGCUGGUACAUUUCCUGCAUGAUUAGUGAUGAAUUUACCAGCAUUCUGCUUCACUGAAAGCAAUAGCUCAUCUCUACAUUCUUUUAAUUUUUUUUUCCAAUUCUGAAACAAUGACACAUUUGACUUUUAAAGGCAAGCUUCUCAUCUAUUUUCAGGAUCCAAUAAUGAGCUGAAGAUGCUGUCCAUUAUAUACAUCAGUUGCCUUUAAUUAAACCUCGUGGUCACAAGAACUUUUUCUAUGAAUACAAAUCUUAUGCAGAAUUGGCUUUCUUUAUGCAAAUUUUUUUAAAAGCAACCCUCUUAACCCUCAAUAAAGUAAAUCUAUUUUGGAGAUAAAGCACGUUUGUGAAUAUUUUAUUUGAAGACUUUGAAUAGUUAAUACUGUCGAACAAGAAUAAAAGGGAACAAAAAAACCUGAGAGGAAGAUGCUAACCAGCCUAGUGAGGCAUAGGCAUGCAAUGGCAUCUUUGUAAUGGGCUAGUUUUUCUAUCACUUCCCAAAGCAAACUUGAGACUAAUUAUUCAAAUUGCAAAGAACAGUUGUUCAUGAUCGGCAAGGAAAUGAAAAUUGUUGUAUGCACCUGUUCACAAGUGUGCAGAUUCAGGAGUUCCUAAAGGGGAGAUUAUAGGAGAGAGUGGGAUCUAUUUUAGAUUAACUUUAAUUUUUUAAAAAUUGUAAUUCCACAACUGCCUUACUUUAAUAUCGAGCUUGUAUAAUCCUUUCACAUAAUUGAAUGGAAGCUGUGGUGUUGGGUGGUGAGCGUUUUGCGCAGAAAGAGAGCAUUUAUAUUCAGUGCAUUUGCAUGGUGAUGUGUCUUGAGUCGCUUUUUUAUUUUGCAUGCAGUAGGAUCUCUUGGUACUGAGCAGCUUUCCAAAACCAGCAGGUUCUUGGUUGGUAUCCCAGCCACUGGAAAUCACCCUCCUGGAUUGUGCAUAAGAGAGGUGUUUAGAGCAAAGCUGGAAAAUGUAAUCAGUCAAAACUCAGUGCUUAUCACUUGCUAUGUUGAUCUUCCAGCAGAAUGAACAGCCCCUGCUCUGUCUUACUUCGGUAGGCUGAGAUUCCACUGGUUUGGCGUUUUGUUAUAAAUGACCACUACAGGAGCUAUUACUUAGUUUAGUGAUGUCAGCAAAGUCAUGCUGCUCACCUGAUGCCCACUAUUGAUCGUGUUUUUUUUGAAUCACGGAACACAUGAACCGUGCUUGCACUCUAGAUACGGUCAGUGGAGAUCCACUUCACUGAUAUAAAUAGGACACAUUUUAGUGACUUGAAUUUAGUUUUUUUACUGCAAUACAGAACAACCCUCAAGAAUCACCUUCUUAGGAAAUGAAGCCAGAUUUAACAAAAAAUUGAAUUAUUGCCCAGGAGUUGCUUUUCUGUUGACCAAAACAGAAAACGUCUCAAAGAGUGCUUCUAUCUUCUUGCAAGUGUGUUUAACCUUGGCAAUUAUGUAGCAAAUUUUGAUUUCAAUAAUUUGACUCCGUAUCACACAGUGUUUGCUGGCUAAUUUCAGCAGAUACCCAUCACUCCGUUCAGCGAAUACUAAAUCCAUAGCACUCUUUCCUACUGCUGCACAAAGUCAAGAACUACCCGAGGGUUUCACCAUCUUUUGCAUAUAUUCUUUUCUUCCCAAACCUGUGUUCACUUUUGCAAACACAAAUCCUAUUACUCAAAGUGUGACACUUGAUUUGGGUUUUCUGAAAGGCCACUUCUAAAGUGGUCGCUGGGCCUAAUAGAAAAUAAAUCUCCAAAUGUUGCCAAACUCGGGGCUGUGAUCAGAGGUGCAGCUGACCUGAACUGGAGCAAAAUCGCACGAGAGAACGCCGGGCGAGUGUCCCGACGUCAUAGCGAUGUCUGUCUUGUCAUAUCACAGUCGGCAGGCGCCCGCACACAGGAGUUGGAAGCACGCCCGCUGACAAUUUAAAGUUCCAAUUGAAACCCCAAUUGACCAGGAUUUUUCGUGUCCCAUGCGCUUUUACGCAAGGCGGCCUUCACGUUUUUGCAUUAUUCUCAAUCCAGGGUGAGAUAAAAUGCCCAGAGGAUGUUUUGAAGGUUGAGGGGUUUAGGAGCAUUGCUGUCAGUUGUUUGUAGUUGCCUUAGAGUGUUUGUUUGUGGCAUUUUUUUUGUGUGUGCAAAUAUCCUUUGAACAAUACAGCAGCUCCUCAGCAGUUGUCAGCCUUCAGGGAGCUCAUUGUAACCCUCUCUUGUUGCGUCCCGCCGCACUCCACAGCAGCGCUGUAUGUGUCUCAGCAUGCGUUUCACACUGCCCGCCAGUUAAUCAUACCUUCCCCAAUGCCGGCCAUGAGUGGAUUUCAGAUCCUGGAUUUUCCGAUCGGUGUUAUUUUAACGUCGGUGGUAAUCCGUUUUAGAACAAUUGGGCUGGUGCCAGCUUUGAAAUGGUGCCAGUGCAAGAAAGAAAUAGGAAUAAAAGUGGUACACAGAGUCUGUGGCUGGGGUUUUCCCCGCCCCGUUCCCCCGUGGACAGGAUUUUUUUGGUGCUGCCCAAAGCAAAUGCACUUUUGGCUGGCUCUCCAAAUUUUCCGUGCCCGCCUGCGAUGGCUCCCGCUGCGAAUGGUCCCACAAAAUCCCAGCCUAUGUCCCAGAGAACAUCUCUCAACUAAGCAUCAAAUAAUAACGUGAACAGGUCACAUUUUGCUGCGUUAGCCAAUGUUUUUUGGUUGCAGUUAUCUCUCUAGCUGCUUGAUUGUUGCGACUGGAGCUUUACUAUUGUUGGAUUGGCCCCUGCUCCUGAGCCUGGCCAAGCUGGCAAUUAACAGGUCCAGGCAGUGGGUCAUGGAGGGGGCUGUUACCCCCGAUUGCCUGCCUGCGUAUUGUGGUUCCGUCUGUGCCCAGGUACCCUGGGAGAGGGAGCGCAUGGGUGUCCGCCAGCACGCUUGAGGCCUUCGGCUGGGCACCGCAGGGGCUGGGGUGCAUCAUUGACCCUAGAAACCACACUUUUUGAUUUAUUUUUGAUAAGCUUCCUUUGAGUUUUGUCUUUUUGCUACAGUGCCCCUUUAUUUGUUGAUUUUGUUCAUGUGUUCAUACUCAAGGGCACAAUAAUAUUGCUGGAUAGAACCUUCUAAACACUGCAGCUCCCACUAAUAAAACAUUAAUGCCUACCAAAGCUCGUCUUUCAACCCUAUGUUAACGGAGAGUCACUGGAGGUCAUUUAAACUGAAUCAGCGGAGAGUAACAUUAGGUGGGGUGUAGAGCCAACUUUGCCUUGAGGGUUCUUUUCAAUUUUCUGAUGGGCGAGUUGGGUUAAAAUUGCCCCCACACCACCCUUUUAUAGCAGUCAACAUACCUCUCAUUACAACAUUGGAAGUUAUUUUUUUUUAAAUGUAGAAGAUUCAAAGGCCUUGAGUACUUAUUAAAAUCACAUUUUAAAGCAAUAUGCACCAUUCUUCAUAUUAAUCACAUGCACUUUAUUUAGGGAACUAAAUGAUUUUUUUUUAAAGUUUUGCUUUCUUGGGUGAGCUUAAAUGAGAAUGUUAUAGCUGGUAUUCUGCAAACUCGACUCCUCAAAAAGAAAUUUAAGUGAACUUUUAAUGGGUUUAUUUUACAUAGUGCAUUUUAAAAAUAAAGGGACGGAUGAAUAUUUGUAUUGGAACUUUCUGUGUGAGAAUUUGCUGUACAUAUGAUUAAAAAAAAUCAUUUAUAUUGUCAGGAUUCCUUUAGCAAAGUGUAAAUAAAUUUGAUGUUCUAAUAAAUGGUGUACUGUUUUUAUA